GGGACGGGACGAUCGGAAAUUUUGGAUUGACAGAUCUCACACGGAGUCUCGAUCGAACAGAAGCGUCACGUAGCGUCGCAUCGCGUCGGUGGAGCGUAGAGACUUCUAUUUGGAAACGAUGAUCCCAUCGUCGUCGUCAUCGAGCUCCAGCAGCGCUGGGCAGGCCUACGUUUUGUACGUGGAUCAAUACCAACACCCUGCGCCUCUGUCGGAUUGCUUCGUGGCAGCUACGACGACAUCGACCGUACCUAUCAACACAGCGAGCGUCUCCACAGACGGAUCGUCGCUGUCGUCACGACAACAAUCCGUCUGGGCGCUAUCCACGUCUAUUCCCCGCUUUCCCAAAACAACCACGACGCGGACGGUGGAUUCGGCCUAUUGUGGACAGUGUUUGAAGUUCUACGACGCCAGUACAGCGGUAACUACGCUCGGCAACAAGUGUCCACAAAACGUGACCUGUCAGCAAUGUCCUCUUUGCUUGGCCGCCGUCACCCCAACAGUCAAAAUGACACUCAGCGACAGCAGAGUGUAUUACUACCACUGCAACGUGUGUCAGUGGCAUUCGCAACACUCCUGCUCCGUUUCAACAGACUCUCUGUCGACGACAGCGUCAACGUCAACCACCGCACAUGACUUGGCUACUCUAGCCGUAGCUUUGGAACGGGCCCGAGACCACAAUGACAACCAAAACGACCCACGUGGCAGCUACGCCGCCGACGUGCAAGCGCAUUUCGCGUCCUGUGUUCAAGCGUGGUCUACCAUGGAUUCUUUAAAGCGAGGACGUCAGCUGUCGGCUAGCACCCCUACAACAAUAGCAACACCGCCGAGUAUUGUACCCUUGACAAUGCAGGAUACCGACAUCACUACGGACACCCUCUUGCCUUGUAGCGUCAGCGACGGUGCAUUGUCCACCAUCGCCUGGCAAAUGCAACCCUGCGUCGUCCGGCGUCGCCAACACGAUCGGAACGUUGCACUCUCGUCAAAACUCUUGCCGCUGCCCACGACGUUACGAUUUCGCUGGAGCCUCCGCUCGGUGCCGGAAUUGGAAGAAUCGCGACCUGGCAUUUUGGUCAAACCCAAGCUCAAUCCACUCGAGGGCGAUUCCAGUCUCCGGACAGGUCACACGCAAUGGUGGAAGAAAGACGCCAGCGCACUGCACGUGGUACCCAACAUGGAAGUCGUCGGUCACGGGAUGUCGAGACCGUCCGAACUCGCCGUUUUGGUGCGGCUCACCAAUCCUACCUUGACGUCCCUCGCGGUACGCCUAGUGGUACCACACGCGAUUUUGGAAGCCAAGAACGCACAGCCGACAAACACCAGAACGUUUCCUGACGUUUUGUUGGAUCGGUUUUCCCAAAUCCAGUCGCACGUGCAAAUCCAUUGCGACUCGGCACAACAUUCUUCGGACGGAGGAGCACAGCUCAAUGACGGUACGGAUGCUGGACCAAUCGUUUUGACCAGCGCUGAAGACGCUUUCCUCGCGCUCGGCACUUCCAUGACGCUGCCCGCGGCCGUGGCUGAGUGGAACCCCGAGAAAGCCGCAGCUUCGAUGCCGACAACGGCGACUUCGGCACGAGCAUCUUUGGUGGCUCAUGAUCAGGCUACGAUGUGGUAUCAAGUUUGUUGGCCAGAAAGCCCGGUCCAGGCGAGCGAAACGGGUCUUUCCACAGCCGCGAUGGCCAUUCCUUUGACGUUACAAUCACAGCCUAUCGUCAGCGCGGAUGGCGACGCAAGCGGUGUAACUACUAUACCGAAGGAAAUUCCGGCUAGUUGGAACCACUGGAAUCUGUGGUUGGUCUGGGCUCCACACAGGUGUAGAGACGAAAAGGAAUGACAAAAGUGCGUUACUUGCAAUGUUUUUCUACCCGUCCUUUGCUACGACGGCAAAGUGUACAGCACACAUUUGUUUUCACAGAGAGCUUUUUCCAAAGACCACAUAACAGUAAAAAGCCAAUCACAGUGUUUGAAUGAUCCAUUCCUAAUAGUCUUUA